UCAAUCAUCAAAAGCCUUUUAAUUACAUAAAAUGCAGAGCUUAUUUUGAAGUGUUUAAAAGAAUAAAAAUCAUCCUAAAAGAAAAUUUACAUAGAUGAUUUUCUUUUUAUUAGUUUCUUUAGUAAAUGUUUACUGACCAUAAAAUUUCAGAUCUAUCUCUGAUGGUAGAUUCUCGCUAUCAUGUGUUGUUAACGUUGUGGUCUACGCCUUUCUCUAGUAACAGUCUGUUUUGUCGUCGGAAAUAAAUGGACCUGAAAACAAAAAGUCCAGUAAGUGAUAUCCACUAAACACCUAAUCUAAGCCCAAUCCGAGCCCAAUUGAGUUCCCGACAAAACUAAUACAAACAACGUUACUUCUCUCUCUGUCUCUUUCUAAUCGAAUAAAUAAAAGCCAAAACUUUGAACUUGCUCCAUUUCGGACAGAAAGGAAUCUUCUUCGAUCAAUCAAUGGAGUUCCCUCCUCCUCCGCCGCCGCCGGAGAGAUCCAAACUUCUCCAUAACUUCACCUUACCUUACCUCCGAUGGGGCCACCAGAGAUCCCUCAGGUGCGUCAACCUACCCUCUUCUUCUUCUUCCCCUCCUUCUCCCGAUCAUGGAGAGAGGAGGAGGAAUCUAAGCAUCGAUCUCGUGUGCGAUGGGAAACCACCAAAGGUCUCAGCUUUGGGAAACGGAGGAGGCGAAGAAGCAGAAGCUCGGCCGUGGAAUCUGAGGACGAGGAGAGCUGCUUGUAACGAACCCACGAGGAUCACACGUGAUGAUGGAGACUCGGAGAAGAAGGAGAAAGUGAAGUUCUCUGUUUCUUUGUUGAGAGGAGAGAUCGAAGACGACUUCACAUCCCUCUUUGGGAAAAAACCUCCUCGUAGGCCAAAGAAGAGACCAAGACUUGUUCAGAAUCAAAUCAAUACUCUUUUUCCAGGAUUGUGGCUAGCAGAACAAGUAACAGAAGGCUCUUACCACGUCCCUGAGUCUGUGGAAACAUGAUGAAAAGGUGUGUGGUUUAUGGUUUCUUCAAGCAACUUGUUGUGUACUAUCAAAUGUAGUAGCAGUGUGUCCAGUUUUAGUCAAUGAAGCCAUUUUAUACUUUUCUGUUUGUUCUUUAUUAGAGACAUCUGGUGGGUUUUUUCAUUACCAAAGCUAAUUGUAAUCUCCAUGGCAAUGGAAUCUCCAGCUGUUUUUGUAAUUUUAUCAAUAAUGCACCUCUCUUCAAUUUUCA